AGGAGGGGCGGGGGUCCCAUCCCUGAGCACCCGAGGCGGCUGCCGUCUCUGGGCUCUCACCUCACCCAGACGCCUGCCCCGCCAUGGGGCCCCCUUCCAGCUCCGGCUUCUACGUGAGCCGCGCUGUGGCCCUGCUGCUGGCUGGGCUGGUGGCGACGCUCCUGUUAUCGCUGGUGGUGCUCGCCGCCCUGUACGGCCACCGCGCGCGCUUCCCGCCGUCCGAGCUGCCCAGCCGCUGGGUCCCCGACAACGCGUCCUCUCCGCCAGGCGAGCAGGCGGAGGCGCGGUCCACCCAGAAGCCGGGCGGGGAUGGGGAGCUGGACGUGGCCACCACUGCACGCAGCCGGCAACCCCCAGGGCCCUGGGACCAGCUGCGCCUGCCGUCCUGGCUCGUGCCGCUGCACUACGAGCUGGAGCUGUGGCCCCGGCUGCGCCCGAACGACCUGUCGGAGUUGGCACUGCGCUUCACUGGCCGCCUGAACAUCACCGUGCGCUGCGCAGUGGCCACCACGCGGCUGCUGCUGCAUAGCUUCUUCCUGGACUGUGAGAGCGCCGAGGUGCGGGGCCCUCUGCUCCCGGGCGCGGAAGACGCCACCGUGGGUCGCGUGCAGGUGGACCAGGUCUGGUUUGCGUUGGACAUGAGCUACAUGGUGCUGGAGCUGGGCGACGCCCUGCAGCCAGGGAGCCGCUACCAACUGCAGCUCAGCUUUUCCGGCCCGGUGUACCAGGACACCAGGGAGGGGCUCUUCCUCAACGUCUAUGCCGACCAGGGUGAGCGCAGGGCUUUGUUAGCAUCUCAGAUGGAACCAACAUUUGCCAGGAAUGUUUUCCCUUGUUUUGAUGAGCCAGCUCUGAAAGCAACUUUUAAUAUUACAAUUAUUCACCAUCCAAGUUAUGUGGCCCUUUCUAAUAUGCCACAGCUAGGUCAGUCUGAAAAAGAAGAUGUGGAUGGAAGCAAGUGGACAGUUACCGCCUUUCACACCACACCCUACAUGCCUACGUACUUAGUGGCUCUUGCUGUGUGCGACUAUGACUAUGUCACCAAAACUGAGCGGGGCAAGGAGAUCCGUAUCUGGGCCCGGAAAGAUGCCAUCGCAAAUGGAAAUGCAGACUUUGCUUUGAACAUCACAGGCCCAAUCUUCUCUUUUCUGGAAGAUUUGUUCAAUAUUAGUUACCCUCUUCCAAAAACAGAUAUAAUUGCCUUGCCUAGUUUUGACAACCGUGCAAUGGAAAAUUGGGGACUAUUGAUAUUUGAUGAAUCAUUAUUGUUGCUGCUACCAAAUGAUCAACUAACAGAAAAAAAGACUAUGAUCUCCUACAUUGUCUCUCACGAGAUUGGACACCAGUGGUUUGGAAACUUGGUUACCAUGAAUUGGUGGAACAAUAUCUGGCUCAAUGAAGGUUUUGCAUCUUACUUUGAGUUUGGAGUCACUAACUACUUCAACCCCAAAAUCCCAAAAAACGAGGUAUUUUUUUCAAACAUUUUGCACGGUGUACUCAGAGAAGACCACGCCCUGGUGUCUAGAACUGUGUCCAUGAAGGUGGAAAAUUUUACAGAGACAAGUGAAAUAAAUGAACUCUUUGACUUAUUUACUUACAACAAGGGAGCCUCUCUGGCCCGGAUGCUUUCUAGUUUCCUGAAUGAAAACUUAUUUAUCAGCGCACUUAAGUCAUAUUUGGGGACAUUCUCUUACUCAAAUGCUGACCAAGAUGAUCUGUGGAGGCAUUUUCAAAUGGCCAUAGAUAACCAGAGUAAAAUUCUUUUGCCGGCAACAGUGAAAAGCAUAAUGGACAGUUGGAUGCACCAGAGUGGUUUUCCAGUUAUCACCUUAAAUGUCUCCACUGGUAUCAUGAAACAGGAGCCUUUUUAUCUUGGAAAGGCUAACAAUCAGACUCUUCUACCUCACAAUAACACAUGGAUUGUCCCUAUUCUUUGGAUAAAAAGUGGAAGGACUCAGUCAAUAGCGUGGCUGGAUAAAAGCAGCAAAGUGUUUCCUGAAAUGCAAGUUUCAGAUGCAGAUCAUGACUGGGUGAUUUUAAAUUUGAAUAUGACUGGAUAUUAUAGAGUUAAUUAUGAUAACUUAGGUUGGAAGAGAUUAAUUCAACAACUCGAAAAAGACCCUAAGGCUAUUCCUGUUAUUCAUAGACUUCAGUUGAUUGAUGAUGCCUUUUCCUUGUCUAAAAACAAUUAUAUUGAUAUUGAAAUAGCUCUUGAUUUAACCAAGUAUCUUGCUGAAGAAGAUGAAAUUAUAGUAUGGCAUGCAGUCCUGGUGAGCCUUAACCCCAGGGAACUUGUGUCUGACGUGAACAACUAUGAUAUAUACCCGUUAUUAAAGAAGUAUUUAGUAAAGAAACUGAUCCCAAUAUGGAACACUUAUGCAACUAUAAUUCGUGCAAAUGUGGCAGCCCUGCAAGAUGACUAUUUAGCUCUAAUAUCACUGGAAAAACUUUUUGGAAAUGCAUGUUGGUUGGGCCUUGAAGACUGUCUUCAACUUUCAAGAGACCUCUUCAGAAAAUGGGUGAACCAUCCAGAGAAUGAAAUACCUUACCCGAUAAAAAAUGUGAUUUUAUGUUACGGCAUUGCCCUGGGAAGUGAUAAAGAAUGGGACUUUGUGUUAAACGUCUAUAAUAAUAAGACAAAGGAAGAAGAGAGGAUUCAACUUGCUUAUGCAAUGAGCUGCAGUAAAGACCCCUGGAUUCUUAACAGAUAUCUGGAAUAUGCCAUCACCACGUCCCCACAGACUUUUAAUGAGACGAAUGUAAUUGAAGCCGUGGCGACAUCAGAAGUUGGCCGGUACAUUGCAAAAGAUUUUUUAGUCAACAACUGGCAGGCUGUGAACGAAAGGUAUGGGACACAGUCACUGGUUACCUUGAUGUACAUAAUUGGGAGAACCAUAAGUACAGAUCUACAGAUCGUGGAGCUACAACGGUUUUUCAGUAACAUGUUGGAGGAUCACCAGCGGCUCACAGUUCACGCCAAAUUACAGACAAUAAAGAACGAAAAUCUGAAAAACAGAAAGCGCAUUGCCAAGAUCGCUGCAUGGUUGCGGAAACAUGUAGUCUAGCGCCGGCCACCUCUCCGCUCAUUAACAUCCGGUUUGCUCACAGCUGUGCGCAAAUGUGUGCGUCUGGGCAGCCACACGUUUUAUUAUCUGUGUUUCCCUCCCUCGUACUCCUCAGCGUCCUGGCUGCCUCACACCGUCAUGUCUGGCCCCGAGGCCAGAGGGCUUGCUGGGGAUUCCAGCAACACGGCUGUAUUUCUGGGGGAGAGUUCCCUUCAUGAUGGGCUAUUAAACCACAGAAUUGACUUUAAAUGACUUGUAAAAACAAAUCUACCUUAGGAAGUCUUUUCAGUUGUGUGAAAGCCCAUGGAACAUUAAACCAUCAGCUCAACGAGCACAUUCUUUUUUGACGGAAGUACAGAUUUGCAAUACUCUAGGGCCUAUUUAGUUUAGUAUUUGGAAGAGUGGCAAAUAACAUGUGAGGACAAAGAAACAGAAACUGGGAAAAUAAUAUUCGACAGAAGACAGGAAAACCAAAGAAAAGCAAGCUUUAUAAAGUUAGGAACACAAUUUCAUUGGCCACGUUAAAUGCUCUACAGGCAAGAAGUGUGUCUCUUCCUCCCCGUCCUCUCUCCACACCCACCACAGCUGAGUUAGGGUGUCAUGAAAGGCGCCGGAUUGUAGGAUUUGUGAAGCAGCCUUAGGACUAAGGGUGUGGAGGCCAGAUGGGGGGGAAGGCCCUGUUCUCAGGCCCUAAGCUGUGUUCCCCUGUGGCUCAAAACACUCUAACAGCCAAAGUGUAUGAGCAAAAAUAAUGGUGUUAAAAGAGAAGAGCCAUUUGGGGCCAUCUUCAGCACAAAGGGAAUUCAUCAAAUAAAGGGAACCAGAAGGACUAACCAGGUUGACUCUUUACAGCUGGGCACUCAGGGGAUUUAAUUUGAGAGGUUGUUUCACUUGGUGUAGUUGAACCUACUUGUAAUUUGUAGUUUACUUUUAACAUUUUCAUCAGUCACAAUGGAUGGGAUUAGCUUCGUUCUGUUACCCCUAUGAAGUCAGGACAGCUGAAGUAUCAUCCAGCUCUAGACUCUGUGUGCAUAGGAUUUAAACUUUCUUACUUUGGGGUUUGUUUUUGUAGUAUGGGGGUAAAACUACAGCUCUCCUGUCUACCUCAGAGUGGUAUUAUAAAGAUGAAGAAAUAUAUCAAUUAAAAGUCUUUGAAUAUGUUACAUAAACUCAAGGUAAUAUGACCUAGGUUUUCUCCCCGUCUCAUGUCUACGUUAAACAGGGCAAAUUACAGGGCAAAACAAACAUUCACUUUCCCAUUUGAUUCAGAAAAAGGUGGACGACAGGCUGUGGAACGUGGCCAUGUGGAUGAACCGAAGCGUAGUCUCCCUGCACCUGUCCAUGCCUUAUAGACCAAAUAUAGAAAUUUGGAACUUAA